AUGGCGGAAAUCGGGGCCAUGAUUGCCGCUGCACUUUUGAAGGAGGUGGUGCAGCAGAUUGGUUCGCUGCUGGGAGGUCGGAUCAAGCUGCAGCUAAACUUGGACAAGGACCUGAAGGAGAUGAAGGCUACCCUCGAGUCCAUUGAGGCGCUCCUCAAGGACGCUGAGCACGCCAACACCAACAACUCCAUGCGUUUGUGGCUCAAUCGUCUCAAGGACGCCAUGUAUGGCAUUGCCGACAUGAUUGAUGAUUUUGAAGCAGGAAUUGAGGCUGAGCAAACACGCAAGUUCUCCAUGAAGAAACAUCUAGCAGUUAUGAUGCCUUGUUUCACAAUUGGCCCCAAGUUCACAAUGGCUAACAAGAUGAAGACGAUGAGGGAGGAACUGCAGGGGAUCACAGAUCAAUAUCAGAAAUUCAUGUUAGUGUCAGGCACUAAUGCCGAUGAGCCGAAAAUCAUCCAAAUGCGUGAAACAUCAUCAACCAUUGAGGCAUCAAUCAUUGGGAGGAGCGAAGAAGAAAAUAUGAUAUGGGUUUCCUUAUCUGAGAGCGUAAUAGAAAAUCUCAUUGUCCUUCCUAUACACGGCAUUGGAGGGCUUGGCAAGACGACCUUGGCGAAAAUGAUUUACAAUAAUAAAACCAAAUUUGAAGACUAUGUUCGGGUGUGGAUUUAUGUGUCCGAGACAUUUGAUUUGAACAAAAUUGGCAAUUCUUUAAUAAGUCAACUAUCAGAGAGUGAGAGUACGUACACUGAAAAGCAGAUGAUACACGUAUCACUUGCACAACUAUUCGCCAAUAAGAAGAUUCUGAUUAUUCUAGAUGAUUUGUGGGCAGAGGAUGAUUCCCAAUUGGAUAGUCUGAUUGCCAUGCUUAAGGUUGGAAAGGGUACCAAGGUGGUUGUUAUAGUAACCACACGCAAUGAGGAGAUUGCAAGGAAAAUUUCAACCAUUCCCCCACAUGAGCUAGCAUCACUAACAGAUGAGAUAUGCUGGACUAUAAUUAAGAAAAAAAGUGGCUUGAAUCUAGAGAUGAUAAAGAACAGUUCAGGGAUAUAG